AAGCAAACUGAUAUUGAGAGCCAGUUGUGCGACGAGUAGGUCUCUCUCGAACUUUAUCCGGUCACCGUCCGGCGACAAUGUUACAGUUUCCAGGCUUCAUGAAACAGUACCUGUGGUCAAUCAGGACAAUUCAGACGUCGUUUCUGCUGCCGUCUCAAUGGCCCCAACCCCACAGCGAAGAGCUCCUCCUCGCCAUGGAGGAGGCCGAUUACGACGAAAAGUGUAAUGAAAUCCGAAAGAGCCACAGCAACCAGAUUAUGAUUGGGAAACCGACUGUUGAUGUUGAUAAAGAAGACUAUGAUAAUGAUGCUGACGAUGAUGAUGUGGACGAUGCAGAGGAUUCUGAGGGCGAAGAGUUUGAGCAGGAAACCGGUUGAAAAUGCCAGAACCCCUCUUCUGUUUUUAGUUUUAACAUUAUAUACUUGCUUAUGAUCUGGCGUCAAUAUAUCAAUGUGUGCACUCCAUAUUCUCUUAAACAAAUAUGUUGACUUGUGCCAAUUGAGCGACAUUUAUAUGGGUGUAGCUUCCGCCAUAGUUGCUUUUAUGCUUUGGUAUCCUUCAUUUACACAGUUGUAUACAAUGACCCGUAAUGAGGC